CUUGACUGAAGGCGGUCUUUAAGGAAAAGAGCGUUUUGUUGACACACUAAGGAGAAAUCUGGGUGGUCUUUCGACUACUAUUUUAUGUAUUGAACUAAAUGGAUCUGACGUGCCACCUAGCGAAUGUAUUCCAACUCUAAUAAUUUCCGAACUACUCACGAUAGGCAUGCUGAUUCUUCACAGAGACUUGACACAUCUAGAAACUGGGCUAGCAGUAAUUAUGACUACCGAUCAAAACCUGCCUACGAUGAUCAUGAACGUUUUGACUUAGAACUAAAAGAGAAAGUCAAUGGACUGCGUAGUCUUUCAAUUAAAAUAGGAGAUGAAUUACGAUCUCAGAAUAAUUUGCUUGGAGAUAUGGCUGGAACAUUCGAUCAUUCAGAAGGUGUUCUACGAUCUACAAUGUCUCGAUUAUCCCGAAUGGCUAAACAAAAUCUAUCCUCCGGCUUAUAUUGUUAUUUACUUAUAUUUGUGUGCAUUAUUUUCUUUAUGUGUUGGUUUAUUCUCCGAUUUCUUUAGCUACUGAUUUAACUAUUGAUGCUGAUGAUGUGAAUUUUGUUUCUAAAAUACAGAUGUUUGAUUUGCAGAAUUGUUUUACUUUAAUCUGUGUGUCAAGCGCGAAAUUUAUUAUCUUUAUUUUAAACUUCUGCUUAGUAUAGCAUAAGCACUAAGAAAUGAUAAUACUAGUAUUCACUUUAUUCCAAACAGUUUUCGGUACAAUUUGGAAUUCUCAACAUGAAGCCCCGACCAAGACGGGAAUAACAUUAUGAAGGCACAAAAGUGGUGUAGAGGUAAAAUAGCACCGAAGAAAAGCACACGGAUUACCAUAGAUACUGUUCUAAAGAUGCAUUUAAAGAAGUGUUUAUUACUUUCAUUUUACCUUCUGAUAACAAAAAACAGUAACGCUAUAACAUGAUUGCUACUUUUUUUAGAUUCUAAAGUGUAUCUGACCAACUUUUUCCAUAAUCUGUAUCCACCAGCUCGGUAGUAAGCAUUGAAUAUUCACUUUAUCCCUUAAACCUUAUAUGGGAACACUUUUCCUACACUGAAGUUGAACUGCGUUGAAAGAGGCUAUGAAUAUAAGGUCUUACAAGAGCAUUUCUAUGUGAUGAUUACGUUCUUCCUAUCCACUAAUGUAUCUUGAAGUUUUGAGAGUACAAAUUUCCUUAGUGAAACAAUUUUUCAC